AUCGCAGUCAGCGCCGAUGCAGCACCAUACUCUUCUGUAGGACAAGGUCUAUUCCUGAAGAUCUGUCCGUAUUUGACCAUGUCCGUAUUUUGACCCGAGUCUUUCUCCCAUCAUGAACAACCUCUCGUGCACGAGAAUACCGCACCUUGCCUAUUCACUCACUUCCAGGCGUGCUGGUACAUCUACUCGCAAGCUCAAGGCCGAGCUCUCUGCAUUUGACUUCCAUUUCCAGAGUUCGAGUACGAGGGCAUUCAGAGCUAGCCACCACGUCAAUAUCUCUUACCACAAUGCCCGGCAUGCGUCGACAAAGGCCAGACGUCCUCCACCUCCUCCAAAACUCACCUCGAUUCAAAGCAGCCGGGAUUCCGUUCCGCGCACAGCCCAAACCUCUCGUCAGUAUCCAGACGAACUUUCAGAAGAGUCAGCGAUAACCUCCGACCUCGACGAACGGACACGCAGACACCGUCAGAAACAUUUCAAGGUAUACCUAUGGGGCGGGAGUCUGUUCAGUAUUGCCUUUGCACUCUACCUUGGCCUCGUAUAUGCAUCCUACAAACGAGCAGUCAAGCUCGAUGAAACGCUUGAUCUCGAGCAAAACGCCGAUGUCUCGUCUCGUUGGAACGAUCUAGGUCGAGACUUUGACGAUGAGGUGGAACUGUCGGAGAAGAUGAUGCGACUACACAAGAAAAGAGCAAAGCUUUGUGAGCAGGCCCAUGGCAAUGUCCUCGAGGUCAGUUGCGGGACUGGGAGAAACUUGAAAUGGUACGACUACAAACCGCGACGCAUGCCCGCCAAGGACAGGAUCACCAGUCUGGUAUUUAAUGAUCAGUCAGAGAUCAUGGUGUACCAGGCGCAAAAGAAGUACGAUGCAAUGAUGCAAGAAUCAGGUGGUCCUAAGUUUAAGGGCAAAGUGGACUUUGUGGUCGGUGAUGCUGGCGACCCCAAGACGAUCCAACGGCCCCAAGGAGGCUUUGACACUAUUGUCCAGACCAUGGGCAUUUGCAGCAUGGCCAACCCGGUAGGGUUCCUGCAGAGGAUGGGUGAACUUGCCCGACAGCCUGGUGAGGCAUCGGCAAGGUUCAAGCCCAAGCCAGAGGACGAUGCACCUUCUUUGUCAGAGGACAAGGAAUCUACCGACUCGUCAGACUAUGGCGAGGUCGAUUUCCAGGGAGAUCAACGAUUCGACCCCGGUGUCGACAAUGGCGGACGGAUCCUUCUCCUUGAACACGGGCGUUCCAGGUACAACUGGAUCAACCGGCUGAUGGACAGCAUGGCCAAGGGACAUGCAGACAGGUAUGGAUGCUGGUUCAACAAAGAUAUUGAACAGGUCGUGCGCGACAGUGGCCUGGUCGUGGAGAAGAUGCGUCGUUACCAGUUUGGUACCAUGUACGAGAUCGUCUUGAGGCCAAAAAGGCCAAAGGCUCCUGACGAGAAUGUCGCUUCGUGAACGGCUUUGCGCCGAUUACGGCUAAACCAAAUCUACCAUGUAACCAUAGAUAACUUUAUAUAGAAUAUAAGAUCAACCACCAGAU